AUGCUUGCAGAGCUUCCUCCAGAGAUUAUACAGCUUAUUACAAGCUAUUUGCCAUCUGCCAGCGCGCUUGUGAAUCUGUCAAGGACCUGCUGGCGCCUACACCACGUUGUCGCUGCUCAAGAUUGGCGAAUCUUCAGAUCCUUCGUCGAGACCAAGUUUCCUGGUGUGGAAACGCCCGAAAUCUGGCGAGAGGCCGCUCAGGCACUCACAUCUCGCUCUCGGGCAUUAGACAAACACGCAGUCGUCGGAAGAUUUGUCGUACCUGCCUCAGAAGCAGUCAAGGUCGGAUCCCAUAGUUCAACACGACGUGACAAUCCUACUCAUGGAUAUCGCCCUGCUUUGGACUCGUAUGAAGUCUGGAAUGGCUCUUCAUGGAACGACCGGAAGGAGGUGCUCGCCUGGGGCGCGGCAGAUGAACUAGUUCUGCGCAUCGCUGAACCUGGCCCCAAUUCAAAGGGGAAGUGGGUGGUCUUCAAUGAUCUCGAUCACAUCAGCAGCCAUGAUGACAUCUGUGGUGUCCAUAUUCUACGUCCUGGACACCCUUCCAAGGAGCCCCAGACUGAACAUAUAGUCGUUGCAAGAGCGCGCGGAGAGCUUUUCCAUCUCUCUAUCGACCCUAAUAUCGCCUGCCAUAUUUACAAGCAGCGGUUCAUGACUUCCGGAGGGGGCAUAGAGAGAACAGAUAUGAGUGACGGAAAGGACCCGAUCUUAUCUGCCCACUUGAGCGACGGAUCGAUAUCUUUCUUCAGCACCACUUCUGGAGAGGCGGAAGUCUACCCAUUUGCUCGUCUCAAUGCUGAUUCUAGCAACAAUGCAACCAUCAGCUCUCGCCACAAGUAUUCCAAGUUCCUUUCGCCCUCUCUAUUCGCAGUCGGCACAGGACGCAUCCACGAUGCAAUUACUAUCUCCGCCAUCACGCCACAAGGUCUAUCACCAAGUCGUGAGCUCAAUGUGGAGCUGGUAGAUUUCGAAAGACUUAAUCUCGAUACGACCAUCAGAUCCAACGUCAACGCCAUUGCUCCACUCGAUCCCACCGGACAAGUCUUCCUCGCAGCCUGGGGUGAUCGAGCUAUCAGGUACAACCACCCCAUUUGCCAUUAUUCCACGCUCUAUGCUAACACUCUCAGACUGCACGACCUCCGCUCAAACGAAGAAUACGAAAAGACCUACCGUGAUACCACGGACCAGAACCCCAUCUACUGCAUCCACCCCUUCGGCCACGACCGCUUCGUCGUCGGCGCCGGCGGUGACGCCCUAGUCAAGAUCUUUGAUUUACGCAUGCCCAAACAUGACACAUACAGCUAUCGUGAUGCACGCCCUUCCCGAACCCUUCUCAAAAACAACGAACCAAUCGUAGACAGCCUCUCAAGCCUCUCCCUCACCGCAACCAACAAUAGCAUCGCCUUCCCCCGCAAAGACAUCUCCAUCUUCCUCUCCGCCCACCCUCCCUCUAGCCGGCCCCAAGGCCGUCGCCGCCACAACACCCGCUCCUACCGCGGUGCAAUCUACAGCAUGACUUCGCCCUCCCCUUCCUCACCAACUAUCUACACUGGCGUCGCGGAUGGCGUCGUUCGCCUUGACUUCGCCUCUACGGAUGACCUCCUCGGCCCUUGUCAGGAUUGGUACCGGGAGCCACUUCUGCUCUCUAACGAUGUGCGUCUCGAGAACACUGUUGCACACACCCGCUCUGCCGACAAAGUCCUGGAUUUAUCGGGCUACGAGCGCCCUGAGGAUACUACUGCUUCUAUCACUUUGCGCACGCAGCAGCCGUUUGUGUUUGUCGGGGUGGAGGAUGGUCUUGCGGAGGAGAUCACGGGGUGGGAUCGGAGGUGGGAGAGGUUGGAGAAACCGGGGGCGUGGAGACGGGCUGAUUGA